GCAGUUUUGCUGCAGCCUGGAGCCGAGCACAGCUGCCCGGUGCGACCAGCGGCAAACAUCAAUGACUAUCUGACUGCACCGUUUAAUACCAACCGGAGGCCGCUGUUACGGGAGCAAGAAAAAGUCGAGCAGGCAAGAAAGAAGGUGAAAUUGAAGUAAACCAAACCAUAUCUGUUCCCUCUCUAUUUUGGUUCUGACCAAGUGGGUAUUGUGCUACAAAUGGAUAAUGGAGACUGGGGCCAUAGGAUGACCACUCCUGUUACCUUGAACGUGGGAGGCCACUUAUACACCACCAGUUUAUCCACACUGCAGCGCUACCCAGACUCCAUGCUGGGCGCCAUGUUCAGGGGAGAUUUCCCCACAACUCGCGAUUCCCAAGGCAAUUAUUUCAUCGAUCGAGAUGGAACGCUUUUCCGGUACAUCCUGAACUUCCUGCGGACCUCCGAGCUCACCCUCCCCGUCGAUUUCACAGAGACAGACCUCCUGAGGAAAGAGGCGGACUUCUACCAGAUUGAACCUUUGAUCCAGUGCCUUAACGACCCCAAGCCGCUGUACCCUCCUGACAUCUUUGAGCAGGUCGUGGAGCUCUCUAGCACUCGGAAACUGUCAAAAUACUCAAACCCAGUCGCUGUUAUCAUCACACAGCUGACCAUAACGACCAAGGUCCAUGCCCUGUUGGAAGGCAUUUCCAACAACUUCACCAAGUGGAACAAGCACAUGAUGGACACCAGAGACUGCCAGGUGUCAUUCACCUUCGGACCAUGUGACUAUCAUCAAGAGGUGUCCCUAAGGGUUCACCUCAUGGACUACAUUAUGAAACAAGGCUUCACCAUCAGGAACACGCGCGUGCAUCACAUGAGUGAGCGUGCGAAUGAGAACACAGUGGAGCAUCACUGGACUUUCUGUAGACCAGCUCACAAAGUCGAAGACUGAGUUACAGCAUAGUUGUUGCGGGUGACAUUACUGUGUGAUUUGUCUUUCAUAUUACACAAAUCAUCAUCCAAAAAAACAAACAAAUUUGACCUUUGUAUCAGUAAUGUAUCACUAAUAAUGUUUUUUAUUUCUUAUUUUGACCAAUGUGUUACAAACCUCAAAAGUUCAGACAACAUAAAAACAAUAAAAAUGUGAAUUCUGGAUUUAUUCCCCUGUUCGAGUGCAAAAGUGUUAUUGCAGUGUAACACUUCUGAGGUUACUUAACAAAAACAGCAUUUUUUAUGAAGCACAAAGACACUGUAGUUAUGAUUUUAUUCAUUAUUUGACACUGUAUUAUACCCCAGUGAUGCUCAAAAGUGUGGGUAUCUUGAUUUUUACAAGAACAAUUUUAAAUUCAUGUGGUUCCAAUACCUGUAUCUGUUAUACCAAAGUCAGUAAUAAACACGACAGUGAACAGGUGGCCAUGAUUUGACACUCUAUGCCUACAUAUGAUAUCAAAUCUGCAUCUUAGUGUGCAUUAAUGUAAAUUUAGACCACAAUUUGUGAGGAAAAGUCAAAAAGAAGAGAUUGUAAAAGCUGUCUUGGUCACAAAUUAAGACACUCUCUGGACUAGAGACACUGAACAAAGAACUUUUUUUGGAUCCCAAGGUGUCAGGAGUGUUCUUUUUUCAAUAAUAAUAAUAAAUUAUAAUUAGCCCAAUUUCCUUCUGGUGAGUUGACAGUAGAUCUUAAAAUUUAGUCUUUUAGCUCUCUAUUAUCUCCAUGUACGGUACAGUUUCUGAAGACCCUAGUAGUUGUUGCAUGUGUCUGUCUUGUAUAUGUAUAUGUAUUUGCUGUGUGCUUUGCAGUAUUAUGUCACACUCUUAUACUUUAGAGUUCAUAUCAACAGUGAUGUGUUUGGUCAUUCCAGCCAAAAUAAACCCAUUUGUGUAUCUGUCAGUCAUUAAAUUUUGCUUUACCUUUA